AUGAAGUCUUUCAUUACACAAGAAUUAGCUAAUAAAUUAGAUCUUGAAGUAAUUAGAAAAGAAAAAUUAUCGGUUUACACUUUUGGAAUUACUGCGCCAAUUCAAAAGACUUACGACGUCAUUAGAUUAGUACUUGAACAUAGAAGUUCCCCUAAUUCUAGAAUAGAAGUUGAAUUAUUGGUAACCGAUCAUAUAUCAGGUUCGGACAUUCCUCCACCAAAAUCAAAAGAAAUUAGACAAAAUAAACUGCUACGAAAUUUGAUAUUAGCGGAUUCUCUUGACAGUCAACAACCUGUUGGCAUUUUGAUCGGAGCAGAUUAUUACUACAAUAUAGUAACGGGUCACAUUAAACGUUUGAACAAAAAUCUUGUCGCUGUAGAAACUAUUUUCGGCUGGAGCCUACAAGGACGAGAAGGAGAAGAUAACUUUACUUUAUCAUUUAAUGUGAUAGUAGAGGAAGAUUUAAUCUCGAAACAAAUAGAAAAAUUUUGGGAUUUGGAAAAUUCCGGACUCAUAUGCGAAAAUCAAAAUUAUAAUUCAACCGAAAAUGAAAUCCUCAAACAGUUCGAAUCUGAUGUAGUAUACGAAGAUUGUCGGUAUAAAGUUAAAUUACCAUGGAAAAGUGACAUAUCAAGAUUGGAUGAUAAUAGAGAAAUCGCGGAACAAAGGUUCAACCGACUUAGAAAUCGAUUCAAAAAAUAUCCGCAACUAUUUUCUGAAUACCAAAACAUAAUACAAGAUUACUUGAAACAGAAUAUAAUUGAACCCGUCACAGACGAAACGGAUAAAGAAAAUAUCGUGUUUUAUUUGCCUCAUAGGGAAGUAAUACGUGAAGAUAGAACCACAAGCAAAUUACGAAUUGUUUUUGAUGCGUCAUCACAUGACUCAAACUCCGCAUCUUUAAAUGACUGUCUCCACGUUGGCCCAAAUUUGUAUCCGGAGAUAUUCGAAAUUCUGUUAAGAUUUAGAUAUUAUCCAGUAGUAUUUACUGUAGAUAUAAAGCAAGCGUUCUUACAGGUUCUCUUAGAUAAAGAAGAUCGAGACGUAACCAGAUUUUUCUUCACUGACUCCCCCACCAGUGACAAUAUCAUGCCUCUUGUUUAUCGUUUUUCAACAAUUCUUUUCGGACUGAAUAGCUCAUCAUUUUUACUAUCAGCAACUCUCAAACAUCACUUUAAAAAGUAUAAACAACUCUACCCUGAAACAGUUAGUAUUUUAGAAAAUAAUGUUUAUGUAGAUGAUGUAAUUUUAAGUCGAGACACAGUCAGAGAAGCCUUGACUACUUCUUUGGAAACAAUCCAGAUAUUCAAGGAAGCGAGCAUGCAACUGCACAAAUGGCAUACUAAUUCGAGAGAAUUACAUGAACUUUGGGAAAAAGAAGGCAUAAUUUCAAAUGCAAAUUUUCAAAUUUCUGAUGUUGAAAACACCGCCUUAAAGGUUUUGGGCAUGGCGUGGGAUAAUUCGAGGGAUUUACUGUAUUUUGAUAUUCGAAGCCUAUUGUCAUUUUUAUCGAAGCCAAUUGAGACAAAAAGGUUUAUUCUACAAGUGUUAGGACGAAUUUUUGACCCAAUAGGAAUUUUGGGACCCUUCACUGUAAGAAUCAAACUCUUGAUUCAGAAGAUUUGGGCAUCACAUAUAGAUUGGGACGAGCCACUUCCUGAAGAUUUGAUCUCCCUAUGGAGAAAAUGGUGCGAAGAGUUGCAUCAAAUAAGUAAAUUCAAAAUCCCUCGACAUUAUUUUUUUGAAAGUUUGUGCUCAGACAUUAGAAAUCUCGAAAUACAUUGCUUCUCAGACGCUAGCACUGUGGCAUAUGGUACAGUUGCGUACUUACGUUUCAAGACGGAUGAUAAAGAAAUUCAAACGACGUUCAUUGCUUCCAAAAAUAGGGUAGCGCCAUUGAAAAUACUCACCUUACCCAGAUUAGAACUAAUGGGGGCAUUACUAUCUGCCAAACUGGGGAAUAAUAUAGUGAGAAUUUUGAAUUUAAAUAUUCCUAGUUAUUUUUGGACUGAUUCAAGCAUAACGUAUUUUUGGAUCAAGAAACAGCCCGAUGCAUUUAAACCCUUUGUUAAGAAUCGUGUUCAGGAUAUUCAGAAGUUGACGUCACCAAAUAAUUGGGGACAUUGCAGAAGUUGUGAUAAUCCAGCCGACUUGGUCAGCCGAGGAGCAAAGAUCUCAAAGUUGAUUAAUGAACCCCUUUGGACACAAGGUCCACCUUGGUUGAGACUUUCGCCUGACCAUUGGCCAAAAUUGACCCAUGAGAAAAUAGUAGAAGAAUCUCAGCUAGAAUAUAGAAAAAAAUUCCUGGAGACACAUGAACUUGAAUGUAUAGUCGAAAAUAGAGAAGACCCAGUUGAUUUAUCCAAAUAUAGUGACUUAGAAAAGUUAUUGAGGGUUACAGCAUGGACAAAACGCUUUAUCGCGAAAUUGAGAAAAUCUAGUAACAUACAAGGAACUCUAAUCACAGAAGAGCUACAAGAAGCAGAAAAUUUAUUGAUACGAUGUGAACAAAAGAGACACCUUGGAGAAGAAUUUAAAUCUUUAAGUGAGGGUAAUUCGGUUGAAAAGAAUUCCCCGUUGUACAAUUUCGCCCCCUACAUCGAUGAAAAGCAAAUCAUGAGAUUAGGAGGAAGAUUGGAGUUCUCAGAGUUUUCUUUGGAUAAUAAACAUCCAGUCAUCUUGCCUACAAACUCCCCGCUAACAAGACUGAUAGUACUUAAAGAGCAUGAAAAAAUCAUGCACGGAGAAGUAUUUGGCCAAACCAGCAGAUCAAAUGACAGCGCCCUUACCGAAAGAUAG